UUUCACGAUCGGUUCGCGAUUUCCUUCCUCCUCGUUUCGCAUGUGCUGAUCGCGGUUCACUUUCUUGCAGUGUCUGUACAUGUGCAGGAGAAUAAUCAGGAUGGCUGCUCUCGAGACGGUGCUUGCCAUUGCCAACCAGGCAAACGAAGCGAACAACAGCGCCAGCCUUACAGCGCAAUUGAAGGAAUUUGCAGAUCUUCCCAGCUCCGAGAAAGACAAGGUUCAAUCGUUGUUUGUGACGAGAAUCUUCUCGCUUGUUUUUGGAGACAAUGCAGCCGUCCAGGGGUCGGAGGGCUACGAGUUGCAGCGUCAAGUGCCAUGGUCUACCAAUUGCUGGCUUGAACCCCGAGUCAUUGUGGCGCCCACCACGGCCCAGCAAGUUGCAGCAGCCCUAGCCCUUUGUAACUUCUUUCGUAUCAAGUUCUCCAUCCGCGGGGGUGGCCACCUGCAUAACCCUGGCUUCAACAGUAACAAUGGCGGCGUCGUCAUCUCUCUCGGCAAAUUCAAGCAAGCAGUCCUCUCGGAGGACAAGACCACCGCAGAUAUCGGCCUUGGUUUAACAUGGCUUGAAGUAUACAAGGCCCUUGACCCUCACGGUCUCGCCGUGGCCGGUGGUCGAGUACCUGAUGUCGGUGUCCCUGGUCUAAUCCUAGGAGGUGGAAUCUCCUUCCAGAACAGCCGGUAUGGUGUUGGUGCAAUGGGCGUCACCAACUAUGAGGUUGUCCUCGCAGACUCUAGCAUUGUCAACGCCAACGCGCACGAAAACCCAGACCUAUUCUGGGCCCUCAAGGGAGGCGGUUCCAACCUUGGAAUUGUCACCAAAAUCGAGAUGGCCACCAUUCCCAACAAAAUCUGGGCCCAGGCCUCAGUCUACCAACCAACCGCAUACGACCAGCUCAUGAAAGCCCUCGUGCAGUACCAUGAUAUAAUUGAAACAGAUGACCAAGCAACCCUCAUUUGGCACCAAACCAGCCAAGCCAUCCUUCUCGUCUACGUCUACUGCUCCCCAGUUGAGAAACCGGCGGCAUUUGCCCCAUUCUACGAUAUCCCCUCCGUGAUGGACCUAGUCCCAUCAGCCCUCAGAACUAUCUAUGACCUUAUCCAGGCUCUAGCGGACGUCAAUUCACCUGAACCUAUGCUACACGACUUCCGCACAAUGUCCAGCCGCCCCUCACUAACCGUCUACAAAGCAAUCGAGGAAGCCCGCCGCGAGCAACUCUCUGCCCUAGCCGAUCUCGAAGACGUUGUCCUCACAACCGUCUUCCAGCCUAUGUCAUCGCUAGCAAUGAAGCAGAGCGCCAAUUCACCUCUCGGGCUGGAUCCCGUCGGGCAACAAUGGUUCCUCGCAACAGGCGACUACAAAAACCCCAACCACGAGUCCCGCGUUCGAGAAGCCCUAAAGAAGAUUGUGGAUGUUGCGGAAGAAACCGCGAAAGGGGAGGGGACAUUCCUGUCGUAUAAAUACGUGAACUAUGCAUCGAGGGACCAGGAUGCGCUGGCUAGUUAUGGGAGCGGGAAUAUUGAAAAGCUGAAGGAGGCUGCGAAGAAGUUUGAUCCCUCGGGGGUCUUUCAGGACUUGCAGGCUGGGGGGUGGUUGCUUUCUAGGGUUGGACUGGGAUCGACUUAGGGUUGCUUGGCUGGUUCGAGUAGAUCUUUCACGUUGUGUGUAUUUAUACGUGGGAGGCUUCGUGUUGGAUGAUUGGAUGAUUAGAUGUCUUAAGAGUCUAUAGUGCAGU